GCCCUGCCCUGCGAUAGUUCAUCAAAGUACCAUACCAUCAACCUCCAUCCAUUUCUUUUAUUUAAUUAGUUUUAAUUUAGAUUUCUAACUCUAAUUUAUUGGCAGCCCCUCACAAUCGUUGCCCCCCGCCAUCGUUACGCUGCACUUUGGUUCGGUUUCGUUUUGUAUCGGGCGUUUCGGUUCGGUACUGAAGAUCAGAUCAGAGAAACUGCUUUGUUUUGUGUUGUGUGUGAGGAAAAUUGUGUGAACUUGGCUCGGGGAAAAUGUCGAAGAACAAGAUAAACACAACGUCCGGCACGGCGGCCAGCGGCGAUACGAAUCUGAUCGAGGUGAAAUCGAAGUUUGAUGCGGAGUUCCGGCGGUGGAGCUUUAAGCGAAAUGAAACGGAGCAGAGCUUCGACAAAUUUGCAGCCCUUAUAGAGCAGCUGCACAAGCUAACCAACAUCCAGUUUCUCAUUCUGUACAUCGAUCCGCGGGACAACGAUUUGUUGCCGAUCAACAACGAUGAUAACUUUGGCAGGGCACUGAAAACAGCACGUCCACUUCUACGGGUCAUAGUUCAGCGGAAAGAUGAUCUAAAUGAGUACUCCGGCUUUGGGACGAUGAAACCGAGAAACCUAAUCGGUAGCAUACUGAUGGGGCACACGCCCGUAAAGACAAAGGCCCCAUCGAUAUCCAUACCGCACGAUUUUCGCCAGGUUUCGGCCAUUAUAGAUGUGGAUAUUGUGCCGGAAACGCAUAGAAGGGUGCGGUUGCUAAAGCAUGGCAGCGAUAAGCCCCUGGGAUUCUACAUAAGAGAUGGGACCUCCGUGCGGGUGACGGCCAGUGGACUGGAGAAACAGCCGGGCAUCUUUAUAUCCCGUUUGGUGCCGGGCGGCCUGGCUGAAAGUACGGGCUUGCUGGCCGUUAACGAUGAGGUGAUUGAGGUGAAUGGCAUCGAAGUGGCCGGAAAAACUCUCGACCAAGUAACAGACAUGAUGGUGGCUAACAGCUCCAAUUUGAUCAUUACCGUGAAACCGGCCAAUCAGCGUACGCUGACGUCCACACAUCGCGGCUCCUUUUCGAGGAACAGCCAACUGUCCAGUGGGUCGCAUCACACCAAUAAUACCAACACCUCCGACGAAAUCGAGCACGACGAUCACGACGACAUCGUGGACCUAACGGGGGUGACACUAGACGAGAGUCCUACGUCGACUUCAGCUGGGAAUCACAACCAUCAGCAGCAAGCGCCACCGCUGUCCUCGUCACCCUCUUCGCAUCACCAGCAGGCAGCCUCCAAUGCGUCUACGAUAAUGGCCAGCGAUGUGAAGGAUGGAGUGCUGCAUUUGUAAGAUUUCCCAGGAGCUACAGCCAUUCAGCGGCAUCUAGGACUCAAGCAACGGAAAACGCGAAUUCACAGCAGAGAAGAGAGAGAGAGGAUUUUCAGUUUAUCAGACUUAACUUUCCUUAAGAUCGGAUAAGUUCGUUAAACUCAAGUCAAUUAUUUAAAGUUAUUCAAGUUAGGCGAGCUAAUCACAUGUAUUCCAAUCGAUUAUAUAUAGCUCACUUACUAAAAAGACUGUCAAAGCUCAAGACACAAGAUUUUUGAAAAAAAUAUUUGUAAAGUCUUUAGGGAUUCAACAAAAAGCAUUAUUAAUUGAGUGAAUUAUGUAGAAAUUUGAACAAUAUCUUGGUUCAUAUCCUGUAAAAGUUAAAUUAUCAUAGCUAUUACUUAAAUUAAAAUUUGUAAACGCUAUUUCUACAAAAUUCCCAGUUAUGUAGUAGAUGAGCAAUAUAUAAAAUACGAUUAUACAUGUAAUCAUACGACUCUUCCCCAUACAUUCCACGAAACACACUGAAAGUCACACAAAACACACCUUUUCAUUUGCACGUUUUUGAAUGCAGUCCAUUGUUUUUAACUUUUUCCUUGGCAUAUAUAUAUGUGUAUUUAAAUUUUUAAGAUUUAUGUCUUGUUAUUAUUCUUGCUUGUUGCAUUAGAUUAGAGUGAGACAGAUAGAGGAGAGAGUGAAAUAGAGAGAGCGAGCAUAAAAUGCAGAAGACAGAGAAAUUUACUAAACCAUUCGACUUAAACGAUUCUGAAAAGGCAAUAAUUGUAAACAAAAUCACACAUACGAACACAACUAAUUUAUACCCAAAGCAUUCCAUUUUAUGUACUUUGAUAAGUCUAAAACCCCCAAAAACGAAUGGUUUAUGAUUUGCAAAACAUAUUUUAAUUAGAGACGAUAAUUUUUUAGUCCAGCUUCGUGUUUUUUUGGCCUUACUCAUUAUAUUUGAAUAUUUUAUUUUAAACAUUGUACUUUUUGUAAUUUUAAUUUUUGUUUUUCGUAAAAGUGUCCAAUACUCGUUCAAGUUGUUUGUUGUAAAUGUCAUCAUUUAGAGUUAUGGAGAAAAGUCAGAAAAACGAGGAGAUAAAGUUAACAAAACGGAAGAAAACAAACGAAACACCAACAGCGCCUUCGCCUUUAAGAGAGCAAUUCGAUACUUUAUAUAUAUAUACAAACGAAUAUAUACACUAAUACAACCUAUGUUAAAUACGUAUCCCUGUAGACGAAAUUGAAGUCUGUAUACGCUUUAUUUAAAUAAAAAAAGCCACUCAAGGCGGAUGCAAAGCCAUCUGCUGGACUUGAAGUAAACAAAACCCAUAUUAAUGGGACGGAACAGGCAUUACUAACAAUGUAAAAUACCCUAGAUAGAUAGCAAGAUCUAGGCUAGAGACAGCAUCGAAUCUAAAACUAUGCGUUUAGACCAACCACAGCCCUCAUCCUUAUGUCGUAUUAAAAAGCAAUCUGAUCUUUUAUCGAACAAGAGCCACUUACAGUCUCCACAAUCCCCGAUUUCCAAACACACGCAUAUAUAUACAUAAAAGAAAAAGUUAAUUCGCGCUAAACAACUGAGAAAGAACGAAAAGCAAAAAUACGAAAGAAAAAAUUAUAUUUUGAUGUAUGUAUUAUUAUUUUUUAAUAAACUUAAGUGAACUUGUAA